AGUUAGUGAGCAUGAGAGCGGGCACUGCGAACUGCUGGAGCUGCGCAUACACAUAUACAUGCUGCUGCCGACUGAGGUCAUCUAGUUCCUGAUAGUGGCUCACCAUAAGAGACGGACAGCCUAAUGACUAGACCUCAGGAGCAUUAUGGAUUUGACUAAUAUGGGUAUGAUACAGCUGCAGAACCCCAACCACCCCACGGGGCUUCUGCUUAAAGCCAACCAAAUGAGAUUGUCGGGGACCCUUUGUGAUGUAGUGAUAAUGGUUGACUCUCAAGAGUUUCAUGCCCAUAGGACAGUUUUAGCUUGUACGAGUAAAAUGUUUGAGAUUCUGUUCCAUCGAAGUAGCCAGCAUUACACAUUGGACUUUUUGUCACCAAAGACCUUUCAACAAAUUUUGGAAUAUGCUUACACUGCCACUCUGCAGGCAAAGGUGGAGGAUUUGGAUGAUCUGCUGUAUGCAGCAGAAAUACUAGAAAUUGAGUAUUUGGAAGAGCAAUGUCUCAAGAUCUUGGAGACCAUCCAAGCUUCUGAAGAGAAUGAUGGAGAACUUUGCUCAGGAGAUAGGUCCAUGGAAGAUGAAGAAGAUAGGAAGGCGAGGUUCAUUAAAAAUAUGUUGAACACAAAGCAUUCCAGUGAAGAGAGUGGCUAUGCUAGCUUGGGAAACCAGAGUUUGGUGGAUCAGAGUCCAUCAGUGUCAACAUCUUAUGGACUUUCAGGCAUGAGCCCUACAAAAGCUGCUGUAGAUAGCUUGAUGACCAUUGGCCAGUCAUUGCUCCAAGGGGCAUUGCAACAAAAUGCACUAGACUUGCACUCCACAAAUAGGCUCCAAGGUGUCUCUGAGGUGAAGACAGAGGUUAUGCAGGUUGAUGAGGUCACCAACCAGAACAGUCCAACAAAUGAGUCCAGUAUCUCUGGUGGGGACAAAUCUGAUGACAAAAGUAAAGAGAGCCCUGGAACUCCAACUCGCAGCAGUGUUAUCACGAGUGCUCGAGACCUUCAUAUUGGUCGUGACGAGAGUGCUCCUGACCAAGCACCUGAGUUAGGUCAAAGCUUUCAACUUGCGGCAGAACAUGCUAUGUCCCAAGCAGAGAAACCUCUUAGUGUCUUCUCUGCAUUCCCAAAUCACAAGGGAGACUCUAUGAUCGGUGUGCCAACCUCCAUGGCGUCUGCCCUUCACAUGCAGCCAGCACUGGCGGUAUCCAUGGACUUCAGUGCAUAUGGAGGACUUCUUCCACAAGGCUUCAUUCAGAGGGAGCUGUUCAAUAAAUUGGGUGAAAUUGCAGCUGGAAUGAAGAAUGAUGUUCGAAAUCUCACUGAACGAUGCAGUGUUUGUGGGGCAAAUCUUCCAGAUAAUGACUCAAUUGAACAUCACAGGAAGCUGCACAGUGGAAUGAAGACCUACGGAUGUGAGUUGUGCGGAAAGAGAUUCCUGGACAGUUUGAGACUUCGAAUGCACUUGUUGGCCCAUUCAGCUGGGGCCAAGGCGUUUGUGUGUGAACAGUGCGGUGCACAGUUCUCCAAGGAAGAUACGUACGAAGCUCAUCGGCAGACGCACACAGGAUCCGAUAUGGCUGUGUUCUGCCUCCUCUGUGGGAAGCGCUUUCAGACUCAAACUGCUCUGCAACAGCACAUGGAAGUGCAUGCUGGGGUGCGGAGCUAUAUCUGCAGCGAGUGCAACAGAACUUUCCCCAGCCACACCGCACUCAAACGGCACCUUCGCUCACACACUGGCGAUCACCCGUACGAGUGUGAAUUCUGUGGCAGCUGCUUCCGAGAUGAGAGUACAUUGAAAGGCCACAAGCGUAUUCACACGGGUGAGAAGCCCUAUGAAUGUAAUGGUUGUGGAAAGAAAUUCAGCCUUAAACAUCAGCUGGAAACGCACUAUAGGGUUCACACAGGUGAAAAACCAUUUGAAUGCAAGCUGUGCCACCAGCGUUCUAGAGAUUACUCAGCCAUGAUCAAACAUCUCCGAACUCACAACGGCGCCUCCCCGUACCAGUGUACCAUCUGCUUGGAGUACUGCCCCAGUCUGUCUGCUAUGCAGAAGCACAUGAAGAGCCACAAACCUGAGGAUAUCCCAGCUGACUGGAGAAUCGAGAAGACCUACUUAUAUUUGUGUUAUGUGUAGUAGGACAAGACAAGAAUGUGGUUAUAGAGGAGAUGGUGAUAUGAGGAAGGCCAAGCAAUAUAUAGAUUUAUAAAACCCACCAUAAAGCAAAAACCAAACACAUCCACCUUGUUUGGCUUUUUAAUAGCCAUUUGUGGGUUUUUUGACAGGAGCAAAUCAGAGUGGCAUGACACUUGAUCACCCGCAUCAUUUGAUGAACUUAAACGUCAAUUUGGCACUUAAAAUAUGUUUUUGCCCAUUUUGUUCCUGUAUCACAAUCACAUGGAUGCCAGAUAUGUUACUUCUCCAUUUGACCCUAUAGAGUACUAUGCCAAUGACCACAUCAUAUAGGUGGGGCAGCAAUUGGAGUUAAAGACCCAUAACUUACCUUGCUUAGUUGAUUCUUAAAUAUCUGUGGACAUUGCAGUUCAUGGGGGAGGAUGCCCAAUCUACCCAAAUGUUACUUUUCAUCUAUGACCUGUUUGCAUUUUAUGUCCCAAAAAAGGACCUUUGCUGCCCCCCCCCCCUAAACUUCAGUCAAUGGUUAGCAUGAUUAUCCAUAAACAGAACCCCUAAAAAAAAAAGACUUAUUUAACCAUUAUAGGCUCAGUUCUGACUAAUCCAAGUAUAUUGGAUUGGAGAAACACAUUUUGUCCCUGCUUUUCCAGACCACUCUUUAAAGCAUUGAAGUUUUGUGGAGACACCUAGAUGGAAAUUCCAUUCAGUAUGGACUAUAAAAACGUAUAAUUUAGUUUAAAUAUAUACUGAGAAUUUUGGAUUUCAUUUGUAGUCUCUGAAUCUUCACUUCAGGCAAUGAUGUGUAUUAUUGGAAGAUGGUCACUACUGUUUUAGUGACAAGAAAGAUACUGUAGAUCAUCUAGAUGUAGAAGAUGUUAAGCAUCUUCAAAAUAUCUUUCCUAAAUUGAGUGGUGGAUUGCACUUGCAUAUAAUAGCAAGUAAUACGACUAAAAGCACUGUCAUUUUAUUUCUCUUUCCCUCAGAUUCCUAGUUUUUAAGACAUAAAGUCUAAAGGAUUGUUGCUGUAGAUGAUAGCAACCAAGAUGGGCCUAGUUAUAUGAAAAUAGCUCAUAUAUAAACCUUGUAAAGUUGCAUCAACUAAUAUAGGCCUUGUUCUCACUUUUGUCAAUUGGCACAUCAACCAAGCUAUGUCUACCUGGGUUCUUUUAUCUGGGGCUGACUAAUUGGUGCUUUCUUAGCCUACCAAUAUUUUAGCCACUUUUCAAUCUCCAAAUAAAUGGAUGUGUUUGGUUAGUUUGCUCAUAUUGCAUCCCUGUACAUCUGCAAAAAAAAAUCCCUGUAUCCUCUUGUGAACUCAAUAUGAUAUCGAGGCCAAGACUUUUUGCUAGGGAGGCUUUUUUUGUUUUUCAUUGGGAUUCUGACUUAUGUUACUAUGUUUAGCACAAGCUACUUGAAUUAUUUUUUUUUUUCUUUAAUGACCUCAAGCAUUUUGUUGCCCAACUUAAAGGCCCUUUGAGAGACACAUUGAAAAGAAAGAACGUGCCAAAUAUAAAAGGGGCAAAGAUAGUUUUUGUUUUACCAAAUGUGGUAUUCAGUUUUAAGUUGACACGGCCUGUAUGCAUUAUGCUCGGUCUGUUCAUUAUUUUUUUUUUUUUUUCAUAAAAGCUACCUCUUACUUAUUUACUGCCAGAGGAGCUUGCAAGGCUUUGCAAGGAAAUGAAUUGCAGUCUCUUCUGGCAGUGAAAUGGUUAAUUAUAUAUAUUAUUUUUCAAUUAAAAAAAACAAAACACGGUUUUGUGUUAAUUUUAUGUUAUGCUUAAUGGUAUCAUUAUUUUCAUCUCAUUAUAAUUCAGCUGCAUUUCUAUUGAAAUAUAAGAGGUAUAGGUGAUAAUUUUUGUAGGUAGCUUUGAUGGGGAGUCAAAGAAAUUGUACUUAGUUUAUGACAAGCAAGUCUGCUUUGCUGGACACUUGUGUGGAAAGGGUUACAGAACUGCUUCUGCCAUUUAUUUCUGUCAGGUGAAUCCGCAGACUUUUGUGAGUAACUUGGCUCCAGAGUUGUUAGUCUUUUUAAUAUAGCUCUGAAGGCUCAGGGGAGGGAUUGAAGUAUCUGUGGUUUAAACUUGAAUUUGUGAAUAGAAAGUUAGCUUUUUUUUGUUAUUGUUUUGUUUUGACUCAUAAUGUGAAGUUGAUAAAAGUAUUAAAUCUCUUGGCAAAUAUAUAUAUAUAUUUUCGCAGUAUGUACCUAUGUAGAUUUGUGCUUUAACAGGUUUCACCUGGCCAAAAUAUUCAAGAGAUUAGUUUAAGAAAAAUUGGGGCACAACAGAUUCAAGGGGGGAAGGGAUACAAUCUUAUUCCACAAAAGCAUUUUUUUUCUCUUCCCCAACACACCUGUAAAAUAUAAAAAAUAUAUAUAUAUAUCUUCCUGAAGUAUAACAAUAAAUCACUGAAUACUAAAAAUGGGAAAACAAGAUAUUCGCAAAGUUGUGAUAUUUUUGUAAUAUUUGUUAGUCUUUUUGUCAGUUUGGGCCUAUAUAUAUAUAUAUAUAUUUUUUUUUUCUUUGUAAUGUGAAAAGGAUUCUGUGUGUGUGUGAAUACACGUAUGGCCGUAAUGUACCCUGCGUGUUAAAAGUGUAAUGAAAAAAAUCAUACAGUAUUGUGCAUAAUAAGAGAAUCUGCUUCGGGUUGGCACGAAGAUGAGACUUUUUUUUGCUAGUGGUUUUCGUCUAAAGAACUUUUCCCCUCUUGUGAUCACUAUUGCAUAUACCUAUUUGAUAAUCUCCAUGUCAUUUUCUUACGAGCAUUAUACUUUGGUCUUGAAACUGAUUUGACUUCCUUCAGUUGGUAAAGUUAGUGCUGGAGGAAAACCAAACAAAAAAUACACAAAAAACAGAAGUAAGCUUAGCUAUAAGCAGAGUAUGUACCUUUUGAGUACACAUUUAAUAUCCCCUUGAAAAGUAUAAAAAAUAUUUACUUUAUAUUUUUAUUUUUUAAGAGAGAGAGGAGCAGAUAUUUUUUUUUCUUCAAUUAAAAUUUAAAUGAUAAAGAAAUAAAUUAAAAAGUUACUUAUAACCACAAACCACAGUGCAACAUGUCCAGAUUUCCGUGCCAUACCUGACGUAAGUUGUUGGAGAAAAUGCUUAUUUAUCUCUGUGCCUAAGUUUUUUUGUAUUAAAAAAAAAAUGAAGAAAAAUGUAUUAAAAAAAAAAAAUGCAGGAAAUCCGUGUCCAGCUACAAAAAGUAUAUAUAAAACUGAUGCAGUUUAUCACAAUUGUUCUGACUGUAACAGAGCAGCGUGCUUUGGAUAAAGAACCAGGGGUGGCUAUCUUACUAGAAUAUUUUGGAUUCCUGUAAUUGAAAUGUCUGGUUUUAUAGCUAGUAUUCGGAAAUAUUUUAAUAUGUUUUUCAUAACCACAAACUUAUUUAACGAAACACAACUUUUUUUUUUUCAAUUGGCAAUUGAGUUAAAGUUUACAUUAGACGAGCAAAAAGCUCGAAGGAACCUGUUUACAAAUAGGUCACAAUUGUACCUUUUUUAACAAUAAAAUCAUUAAAAUUGACUCUCAUAUUAACGGUUUUUAUUAUUAUUUUUUAAUGCUUAUCCUUUAGUAAAGUAACUUUCCCUACAAAUUCUGAGUAAUUGGGGAAAUAUCUAAUGCUGUAAGGCAUAACGCUCUGCUGAUUUGCAUCAAGCCUCUUAAGUCAUACAGCCAUCCCUGGGGGACAAUCCAAAGGAGUCAGUCUGUUCCAUAGUCCAUGUUUGUACCCAUGUUGUGUUUUGCAUGUUCUCUGUAAGAGGCCUGGUUAAACAGCAUAAUAAUCUGUCCAUAUUUGUAUAUGUGUAUUGUAGCAUUACGGACCAACUGCCCUGAGGGACCCAGCAAUUGACAACUUUUUGUUCACCUCCUGUUUUUUUUUUUUUUUUUAUAUUUAUUUGUAUUUUUUUUAUUCCCCCUUAUUUUUUCUGUAGCCCCUGUAAUAACAGCACAAGUGCCAGUUGCAAACUCUGUCAAAAGAAACAAAGACGAAGAAAUUAAUUGUACUGAAAAAAAUAAAAUAAAAAGGAAUAUAGUGUUUUAUGAAUGGAUAUUAACUCCUUUGUUGCCGUCAGUUCUAGCAACAUCUUCCUAGACCUUCCGGCAAAUAAGAAGUUAAUUGUUAUCUACCUCAGCACCCUCUGCAUAAUUUUAAGGGUGCCCACUGGUUACGUUGCCUAAUGUCUUUAUUUUGUUCUCCUUUUUUUCCUCUUUUUUUCCCCUCCUUUUUUCUUUCCUUUUUUCAACGGCAGCUCAUAGAAAAUUGAGACAAAUUGGACAGAGCUAAUUUUAUGUUGUAUAGGGAUUCUCUAGAAGUUUGUAUUAUCUAGAAAACUAGGAUAUUCCACCGCUUGAGAUACCAUAGUUAUGAGAUCUAUUUCUUUAAAGGCUUCUCUGUUUCUUCUCUGCCAGAACAAAAAAAAGUAUGUGCUAUAAUUCAUAGCCCAAAAUAAUUUGACAACAAAAUAAAUUGCCAAAUUUGGUAUUUCUUCUGUUAUGUGUGAUCAGUCCACGGGUCAUCAUUACU